AUGUGGCAUGGAAAACCUUUGGAAGUUAGACCUCAAAUAUCAGAAAGACAUACAAAGAGAUUAUUAGAGUACAAGUAUAGGCCUCGCCACCCACAAGAUAAGAAACGUCAUCUACAACAAUCACCACCAACUCAUGAAGGAGAAACAACCCGUUUUAGAAAAAAAGGAAGUACAAAGAUAACAACAUAUUCUCGAAAUGUUGAAGGCUCAAUGAGAAGAAUCGAUAACAAACGCAAAAUUCAACGUUAUGAUCGUGAAGAACGUAAAGCUGAAGAAAAGAAGAAAAAAAUGGAAGAAUUAAAAAGAUUCAAAAAUCUCAAGAAAAAGGAAAUCCAUGAAAAAUUACAAAAAAUAAAGGAGAUAACAGGGAAUGAAAAUGUUGGUUUUGAUGAAGUUGAUCUUGAAGAGGAUUUUAAUCCCGAAAAGUAUGAUGAUAAAAUGCAAAAAAUAUUUGAUGAGGAAUUCUAUAAUAAACAGGUAAUUAUCACAGCUUGA